AUGCGGAAGCAGGCGACCCACAACGUCUUGACCUUGGAGGAUGGGAGCACGCUGAGCAAGAGGAGGCAGGAUGAGGCAUGCGUCCUUGCAGAGGCCGGGAGGUUCCAAGAAGCCAUCAGCCGGCUGCAGGAGGCGAUCGAGCUCACCCCUGAUCGAGCAGUGCUGUACGAGCUGCAGGCUCAGUGCUUCAUGGAGGUAGGCGAGAUGUUCCAGGCCAUCGUCGUCGCAGAGAAGGCUGUCAGCAAGGAUCCUGCAUGGCCUGUCGCCUUCCAGACCCUCGGCCGUGCCCAGAUGAACCUGGGGAGGUCGAGCUCGCCAUCGCAAACUUCGAGCGCGUGCUGGAGCUGGAUCCCAGCAUGA